AGAGGCAUGUGUCAUCUCUCUGUCAUUCAGUGGUACAGGAGCACAGCGACAAGUCAAAUAACAGGAUGCGCAUCCUUCUGGCCCUUCUAUAUGUUUAUCUUGUGGCAGCUCCUGGUUGCACAAGUCCUCCCAGAAAGGGAGACUCCAUGAGAAAUACCAUCCACAACAUAAUGAAUAUCGCUCAGAUAACUCUGGUCCACAUUAAGAAACUAAGGACAAAGUUGCCAGUAUCCCCACAGAUAGAAGUCACCAGUCCUUCCAUUGACGGACUUAUCAGUAUCAGCCAUGACCUUGGACUUUUGGACAAUGAACUACAGAGCACAGAUCUCCUCAGCCAGAUCCAUGCUGAUGUCUCCAGCUUGGAGGGAAGUGUGCGCUCCCUCGCUCUGACAAUGGACUGUACCAUCCAGGCCAGACCCAGUGAAGAGACCGGGGACAGUUUGUUCCCAGACAGUCACCUUUACCUGACUCUGAUCAAGGUGCAGCGCUAUCUGGAGAAAUUGCUUCUCAACAAGGACAAACUCAAGGUCUGUUAAGAAAUCCACUCUUGUAUCAUAUAUAUGUCAAGUCUUGCCAUAAUGCAAAUAUAAAGAAGAUUAUUUGCACAAAUAGCUCGGUGUAGGCAACAGUGUAAUUUGUCUUUGCACAUACUAUUUUUCUAUAGUAGCAUAAUAACUGGACUUCUGUCACAUAUUGAUGAAAAGUAUGUGAAUAACAUUUUCAGCCGAAUUCUCAAUACUCAAGCAAUAAUACUUUUCCUUUGGUUGCAAAAAGGUUUACAUGUAAUGCAGGUAGCUUUUCAAGUGUGUACUCUUUUUUAUCUCUCAAAUUUUUUGAAAAAAAGUUUUUAUAGAAGUUUAAAAAAUAUUUGAACUGUAGAUGUAUUUUAUAUAAUCUGUAGAUUUAUUUAUGUUAUUUGGGUAUGGGAACAGAUGUUUCUUCCAGUAUGUUUUACAAUUUGAAAGAUGUUUUGUAUGUUGGUGUGGGUAUUCAAUUCAAUUAUAUGCAAGCUUUUUUUCAAGGAAAAGUAUGGAAUCUAUUUGAUGAAUGUGUUAUGUUAAUGGUAUUUGAUUUGAAGUUUACUGUUUAUCGCAGAAACAUUAAGCUUACAACUGAAAGCAACAGAGUGUGAGACUUUUUUUUAGCUGAAAUGUCAUUUGUUAUAUUAAACUCUGCAAUAAAGAUUUUAGUCAGUAUUUUCUGCCUGUAGAUUUGACUUUAUUUGUGUGUUAUUGUGGAAACAAUUCUAAUGUUUUUAAAUUCUGGUCAACUUUCUGUUCGAUUAAAUUUCACUG